GGUGCUGAUUGGCUACAGAGACGAGCACAUCAGAAUAGCAAAUGUUCUUCCCUGUACAAUCAUUUGCAAGCAAGGACACAAAGGAAGCUGUCAAUGAUGUUGGAGACACUUAAAAGUCCUGGUGAUUCUGUGGUCUUAGUGCCAUUGUGACUCAAGCUGUAACUAAAAUCAGUCCAAUGCAACAGGAGAUUCAAGAACAGCAGCAGAAAGAUGAUGACUUAACUGAAUGGAACAACAAGGCACAUGUUUCCAAGAAGACCUCUCUAUUCUUAGAGUAGAAAUUUCCCUUCAAAAUGACAAGUGGUUCAAACCCUUCAGGAUCUUACUUGCCUUCAAAACCAAGAUGUUCCAAAAUAGAUGAGAACUACUUGAAGGAACUGAAUGAGGACCUAAAGCUAAGGAAGCAGGAACUGCUAGAGAUGCUAAAACCUCUUGAAGAUAAGAACAAUCUCUUAUGCCAGAAGUUGAUGUCUAACUUGGAGGAAAAACAAAGAAGUCUGCAGAUUAUGAGGCAGAUCAUGGCAGGGAAGGGGAGUGAGGAAUCCUCAGUCAUGGAGCUCAUUAAAGAAGCAGAGGAGAUGAAGCAGAAUCUGGAAAGGAAAAACAAGAUGCUUCGGAAGGAAAUGGAGAUGCUAUGGAACAAGACAUUCGACACAGAAGAACUCGGUGGUCAACAAAAAGCACUGCAGAUAAAAAACAAAGCAGACUUGCACGAUGGGAAGGUUCCCAAAACCCCCUCAUCAUCUAGGAAGACCAAAAAUGAACUGGAGACAUCAUGUGCAGAGAAAGUGAAGGAGAAAAGGAAGGAAAAGCAACAGAGGAAAAUGGAAUGGGUCAGGUACCAGGAACAAGCCAACAUCCUUCAGAAUGACUUCAAUGGCAAAGUGAUUGAGCUGAGAAUUGAAGCCUUGAAGAACUACCAGAAGGCCAAUGACUUGAAAUUAUCCCUAUACUUACAGCAGAACGUGGAACCAAAGCAAGCAUAUUUUAAUCUUCCUGGGUCCCGAGGUACUAUAAGCACUACAACUACCGGCAGAACAAGUACCAGCAAAAAUGAAUCUAAUGUGAGAAUUCUGGGAUCAAAGACCUACACAGUGCAACAAGGAACUAGAGGAAGUCAGCUUGACGAUGUAGGAGGGAGGCUCUUGUAUCUGAGGUCACUGCCAGAUGAAGCUCAGAAGGAUUAGAAGGCUUUCACUCCAUUUGCUU